UUACAUUCGAAUUUCCUCAACUACAACCUGACACGUAUUGGCGUAACAAAAUUGAGCUGCACGUUAAUUAUAUUUUUUUCAGUACAAGAGAAAAAGAAUAAAGAUGACUUGAUUAAAGUUACAGUAAAGAAAUAUGUCUAAAUUUAAACGGAGGCCAUUGGAGAAACUCCAUCAACUGGAACAUGCCCUUGAACCAAAGGCCAAGGAAGUCAAACAGUCAAUAUGUUCAUUCUCCUUCUUUGUUGCGGCUGUGAAGACAUUUUGUUUGGUUGUGUUUUUCUACACAUUUUCCAUUGGACUGACUUUUUACAACCAAAGAUUCAUAAGGCAUUUUGAAGUCCCCCUUUCACUCACGAUGGCUCACUUAAUUGUCAAGUUCAUGAUAUCUGCAUUCCUGAGGACACUGCUAUCCAUGUACCUUAAAGAAGACAGGGUUGUUCUUCCGUGGAAUGAAAAUCUCAAAAGGAUAGCACCAACAGGCAUUGCCAGCAUUAUGGAUAUAGCAUUAUCAAACUGGAGUUUUGAAUUCAUUACUGUAUCUUUAUAUACCAUGACGAAAUCAACAGCUGUGAUAUUUAUUUUAGGAUUUUCACUAUUAUUCAGAUUAGAAAAACCUAGGCUGGUCCUGGUUGUAGUGGUGCUAUUUAUAGCAGGAGGACUGUUCAUGUUCACAUUCCACUCCACACAGUUCAACAUGAAGGGCUUUGUGAUGGUGCUCUCAGCCAGUCUGCUGUCUGGACUCAGGUGGACUCUGGCUCAGCUUGUCACUCAGAAAAACAAACUAGGUUUGCAUAAUCCAUUAGAUUUGAUGUAUCAUGUCCAACCAUGGAUGAUUAUUGGACUGCUUCCAUUAUCAGUUUAUUUUGAAGGAAUAAAACUGAGCACAAAAGAGGACUUUUUUGCAUACACAGAGACAUCGUUAAUCCUGCGAAAUCUUGGUCUUGUCUUCCUGGGGGCAUUAAUUGCAUUCUUUCUGGAAUUUAGUGAAUUUUUAUUGUUAGCUAGCACAUCCAGUCUUACAUUAUCAAUAGCUGGGAUAUUUAAGGAAGUUUGCACUCUGUACUUAGCAGCUAGUGUCAAUGGAGAUCGUAUGAACUUUGUCAAUGGAAUAGGACUCAUUGUGUGCUUGCUUGGCAUCUCCAUUCAUGUCAUAGUUAAAGCCAUGUCUGCUCAUGAAGAAAAAAAGAAUGGAAUGUUAGUGCAAAAUGAAGAAGCCAUGCAGAUGUUACGAGCAGAUGAUUCGGAGUCGGAAGAAAGUGAUAUUUUUAAUGCCAUAUCAGACAGAUAGCAAACAAGGAAGUCAUUUUGACCAAAUUUCUUUACUGUUAUUUAUAUGAUGUUAAUUUCAACUCCGUCUUGUUAAUUUAUGUUACUGAAUAUGUCAUUAAAAUAUGAAAAUGUC